CGGGUGUGUGAAGGUCGAACCUCAUCUCCGUCGAUUCAAGCCCGUGUUGGUCCGCAAUUGUUGUCGUGAAGUUGAACAUUGGAACCUUGUUGCGGCUUCCGAUCAAUUUCCAUUCUUUUUAAUCCUACCUUCCGCCGCGAAUCCCCCUCUUUUCCUCCACAUCAAUCAUGGUUCACAAAGUCCUCUUCUGGGGCGGCUUCGGCAUCGCCGUCCGUCUCUGGCAACUCGGUAUUGAAAUGCGUCCCAUCCUCGCCAAGGAGUCCCUCUGGGUGUACCCCCUCUUCGCCGGAGUCGGCGGCAGCUUCGGUUACUGGCUGCAGGGCGUCGAGAACCGUCAAUUGAGAAUUCUUGCACAGCGCCGGGAAGCUAUCCUGGAGAAGCGCCGGAGGAGAGACGAGCGCGAGUCGGUGGGGUUGAGCAAGCCUGAAGAGGCGGGUGUUUUGGCUGCGGCGGCAUAAAUGAAUGUGAUGUUGUUGCGAUGAUGAAGGAUAGGAAAGAAUUGUGGUUGGGUUGGGUGCUAGAGCUGGCCGGAAAACUGAGGCUUUUGUACAUUGCGUUUGUUGUGAAUUCUAUUAUAUUACAUUAUAUCAUUUUCU